AUGAGCCUGGGACAGUGUGAAGUGUGCGAGUCGUCUCAGUGGUGUGAGCUUGAACGACUUCCAGAGGAGUCUUCUUCUCAAGCCUUGGAAGGGCCAACGCAGGUGAUACCUGAAUCACCGGAAAAUCAUGAAGGUCACACCAAUGUAUCGGGUACAACACUGGGCCCAAACGAGGCCGAGGCUGUGGAAUAUCAACUAGGGGCGAAAAUAACAAACCACUUGCCUUUCAUUCAAGAACAAGCGACCCUCGUCAUGAAUCUUUUGGUUCCUCAAACUUUGAAUCCCGACAGUAUUUCAGCCGAAGCCAAGAAGCUUCGCGAUGCCAACCACCCAAACGCGAAACGCUUGAAACGGUCAAUCGCUGGCCUGACCGAUGAACUUCAAGAGUCGCCUAUCUCAUCCGACGGCAGACCCUUCUUAGACAUCUCUCGCUUCCGCCGUUUGAUACCUCAACGUCAGCUUGAAACAUCCAUGCCCGAUGUCCAUAUGACCAACUGCGCGUUGCUGGCGAUCGUGAUGUUUUCCAAGAAUGCCGAAAGCUCUCAGCCGCAGGUCAUGCAAGACCUCGACGCUCUCUUCCCACUGUGUUUUAUGGAGAAGAUUGCGCAGAACAACACGCCCAGGGCCAUCGGAGCUAGCUAUACACAAGACACGACAUUUGGUCUUGCCUUGAAUAUCCGGACCCAAUUCUUCAUCGGGGAACUCGAAAGACGUCAGCGGGAGCCUGACUUCAACCCGAUAGCCGUUCUCCGACAGGUCUUCUGCAUGGACCUCACUCCUGAGGACAACCUUCACGAAACCCCGGGCACUUUCCGGGGCUUCCGUUUGCCUGGUGUCUUCGAGGACGAAGAUGGCCACCUCCCCGAGACCCUCCCGGAGAAGCUACAGCUAGCAGUGAGCGACAGAUUCAACGACCUAUACGAAGAAAUUUCAGAGUGGGACGAGAUUGAUGUGGAUGGAUUGAGGAAGGUACACAGGUGGCGCUCAUUUGAGCGCGAUCUUGCGCGCUGGAUCCAUACGCGUAGCCGAGAAGUCAAAGAGGAUAUACGUCGUGUCUCUGAUAGACUCGCUCAAAAUUCGCCCCCAAGCCGUCGGGUCACUCCAGCCUCAGUGCGAACUCCUAUUCGGCCACAGACUUCUACCGAAUCUCCUCUUCGGAACUACCAAACACCCCGGAAACAGCACCUUGGAGUUACGCCCCAAGGAGUGAACCAAGCGACUGCAGUCAAUCCUCAUUUGCCUGUCGCUUCACCUCAAAAGCCGACCUCACUCCAGAAGAUAGCUUCAGCCCAGCAGAUGGCUUCGCCUCAAAAGGUGGCUGCACCUGAGAAGGCGGCAUCACCUGAGAGGGUGGCCUCACCCGAGAGCGCGGCUUCGCCUGAGAGAGCGGCUUCACCUGAGAGGGCAGCUUCGCCUGAAAAUGCGCCCGCCCCUGAAAAUGCUCCUGCGCAGGUUUCCACUGGCCAGGCCAAGCAGGCAGCCACAAACGACCCAGCCCGACGCAAAUCCAAAAGCAAUUACCGAGAUGUAGGCUCGUUUUUCAGACUGAAGCAACGCAUUAAUAUCAGUCGUCAGCAGCAAUCUCUCUCCGGUCCCACCUCACAUCCUCCGAAUGGUUCUUCGGCCAAGGCUACCGCAAACCAAGGCGACAACACUGAUGGCCCGGCUCAGUCUUUUGCUUCCGUCUCUCGUGAAAUUCUCGAGUCUCCGGACCUGGGAGAUUUGGGUGAUGACGACUUCACAUACGUCAACAAUGAGGACGAUGUGGAUCUCGACCACGGUCAUGGAGGCGAUGUAAUGGCGUCAACAAGCCCUUCUGCCUCCGCUAGGAUCAAUCGAGUGAGCCACAACCCUGGACGAUAUGUCUCAGAUCGUCGGAGCCCACAGCGAACGAUUGGGAGAAAUCAUGGAACUGGCAACGACUCCUUUGCCCAGCGACGUUUAUUCAUUCACAAGCAGAAUGAUGCCGGCAGGGUCUCACCAAUCAACGACAACGAUAGCCAAAGCGCAGAAAAGCCACGCGCGAGGCCCGCCCGUUCAAAUGCCAAAAAGCGACAGAUCCCCGACACUUCAAGUGACGAGUCGGACGAGUUUGAACAAGAUGAACGUGAGAUCAGCCGCAGGCCUGAAAAGAGGCAGCGCGUUCAACGUCCCGCGCGGGAGGCAAGCUCAGGGAACGCGUCUCGCGCAAGCCUUGAAAGCACCCGUCCUGCAAAUCCCGGUCCAUCAAACCCUAGACGAGUGAUUCGUGCCACUCAAAGUCAAGCCGACAGUGAAGACCUCACCGAUGGCGAGACCAGUACCAACGUGCGAGAGGCCGGCACCAAUAGGCGGAUUCAAGCCGUCUUCCAGCCACAAUCCACGCCUACCGAGGAUCAUCAGUAUUGGGCCAAAGUCAGGGACGAAUUGUCUCGGGCCGAGGCAAUUCAGCCUAGUGUUCGCAAGCCGAGUAAGCGGUGGUCAGAAGAGGAAGAUCAACGUCUCCAUCAGCUCAUGUCGAUGUUCGGCACCAGCUAUGCAACAAUCAAAAAGCAUGAUAGUAUGGUUCCUGUUAGUGCAGGUGGUCCUUGCCUUGAAGGUCGCUCCCAGGUCCAAUGUAAGGAUCGGGCUCGGACGAUAAAGAAGAAACUCCUCAGGGACAAUCAACCCAUUCCAGAAUACCUGGAGAAUAUUCUGCCUUGA